AUGGGGCUCCAAGAAGUUUUCGCGUCCACUUCUCUUGAGCUCCAGGGCAGUCAUUCCGUCCGCUGGCUUUCACGGGGCGACGCAGUGCUCAGGCUUGUCGCACUUGACUAUGCGAGCGUGCAUGUGCAUGCGCAGAUCAAGCGCACAACGUCCCACAUCGAGAGCCGCUACGUUGAUUGCGACGACGACUUCGGUGGCGGCGUGAGCGAGCUGUUGUCCCCCUUCAUCGCGCGCCAUGGGCCAGGAGGAAACCGGGAGGUUAAAGUCGAAGGGGUUGACUCAGACGGCCAUCCUGCACGCUUCACCUUCAGGCUGCAUGAGGACGAGCUGGAGGAGUUCGAAGGGCGCGGGACCCACGAUGACUGCGUGGAGGUCUGCACGGAGUUCGCGGAGGUGAUCGUUCACCAACUCGAGCAUCGGCUUGGCGACCUGGAAGGGAUGUCUGGGGCAAAGCUGUUCAUCCCAGACGAGUACCCGCUGGAUCGAGUAGAGAGGAAUCGGAGGUGCCUUCAGUGGCUGCAGUCGCUUGUGACUUUGUUCAAGGCCGACCUGGCGGAAGAGAUACUGCCAGGUAAGCCUAUUGUGUAG